GAUGAGCUGCGGUCGGCCGGCGGCGACUCAGUGCGCAUGCGCCGUGGAUGCUGGGCGUUCGGGUCACUGACCCGCGGAGGCACCGGCCGGGAGGAGGAGGGAGGGAGAGACGGCGGACGGAGUGAGAGGAGGACGGGGGACGCGGCACCGCUCAACGGGGCACGGAGCUGCACAUAGCGAGAACAUGGAGUUGGUGCUGGGGCUGAACAAGCGGAGCUGGAAGACGCUCGGCAGGAACACGGCUGUCAUCGUGGGCGUGCUGUUCCUGAUGAUGGUCAUCAUGCCGACGCACCACGACAGGACGCCGGUGUUCACCGAAGACGGUUCGUUUCAAAUAUCCAGCCAGGAGAUGAUCAAGCACUUCAAGACCUCCAAGUGGAAGGUGCCCAAGCACGAGCUAACCGACGUAAAGGACUUUUACGACUACGUCGAGAACCCGGGCUCCUCGUGCUCGGCAUACGCCCUUCUCGGUGGACGUGCCUGUCACGAAAUAGAGGACCACGUGGUGUGUUUCGACCCCAGUCUGAACCUGGACCACGAGAACUGCCUCGUCUACUCGUUCGGAAUGCAGUCCAACUCGUUCGAGGAGGCCAUGAUCAACUUUGGAUGUCACGUGUACACGUUCGACGCGAGUGGCGCGCGCUCGGACCACCGCCGCGGUGAGCGCUCGUUCCUAUACCGCGUGCGUCUGGCCGGUAACGACUCGGCCGCCCUGCCCGGCGACCGCGUGAUGACGCUACCCGAGGUGAUGCGCGCCUUCGGCCACCGCGGCCGACGCGUCGACUACCUCAAACUGGACCUGGAGGACGGCGAAGAGUGGUCGGCGCUGCGCAAGAUGAUGACCACGCGCGUGCUGGACUCUGUGCAGCAGCUGGCUGUGCACGUGUCGGCCAUCGUGCACGAUCUGACCGGCCGGGAGCGGCACGACGUCCUGCGCCGGCAGUACGAGGUGCUGGUCGGCCUGGAGCACAGCGGGCUGCGGCUGGUCAGCAGCCGCCCCGACCGAGAGGGACACUGCAAGCCGCUGCCGGAAAUGGACCCGCAGCGCGCCGUCUGCGAGUACCACGAGCUGCUCUAUGUGCGGAAACCGGACACCAUCGUCUGAGGGACCCCGACCAGCCGGCCGGCUUCACUCGACUUACGGACCCCGACCGGCCCGAUACACUCGACUGAGCGACCCCGACUCUGACGGACUGACAUGUGCGACUGACACGGAUGACCUAUGAACAUGGCGGCUGGCCGACGGAUGCAUACGACUGACUGGUGAGUGACUGAUGGGAUGAAGAUGAGAUAAGUGAAUGAGGUGUUAUGGACUUCGACAGGGAUGAUUGCAUGCCCUUAUCCGUCCCGGUGUCGAGAUGAUUCCAUCGACCGGACGAGUGAGAUUGACGGCCAGUCUGACCAGCGACCGACUCGGGCAUUGUUCAGAUAUUAUCGUGCUCAAAUGCCGAUUGUUGACUAGUGUGUAAGAUGACCACGGGUGAUGAUGGGUGGAACCCUGCUGCCCUCUCUGAAUUCUUACCAUUGGGCAAACGGGUGGAUCGGAACUGGAGCCAAGAACACACGAUGCCGGGGCAGUAAAUAUUGCGGACGGGGGGGGGGGGGGUGGACGGUCUCAGUCAAGCGCCUAAAUACAGUUCCAAUUGGAAACAAAUAACAUUCAAAACCGAGCAAUACUAAUGUUUUAUAAUUGACGACGGGUCAUCGGGAUACAUUUCGCUGGACUGGGCGUGCUGCGUUAGAGACGUGUCUGUGAGCGUGCCAUUCACAAAUAUAUCGGAAACGUGUGACCGAA